CGACCAGAUGAAAAAAGGAGGAACAAGAAACGGAAAAAAAUCACCGGCGAGCGUCUCGCCACCGCGCUGUUUCAGUGUUCCUUCGGGCAUCAGCCGUUACUACUGAGAAAGCGCGACUUUCCGCAGGUGCAACUGGGAGUGAACGUGAAGGAUGGGUACUACCUGCAGCGGGGAGAUCUGGUCGUGCACACGCACGCGAUCACGGGCGAAGUGUUGCUGGUCGCCGUGUUUUUUGGGUUUCAUAAUUUUCUCCGCUCGGAGUCGGAGUCGGAAAACAGAGAAGCUGCAGUCGACAGCAGCUCAUCACCGACGUACGAUCAUUCCGGAGCAACAACUACGGGGGCAGAUGAUGGUAGUUGUGCAAGAG